AUGCACCGAAGUUCGGCUCCGGCCAAAAUCCGGCUUUUUCCAGAUUUGGUGGCCGGAUUUAGGGCCGGGUGUUUCACCUCCAGAGAUAAAGAUCUACUUACGAAAGCUUUUUACACGUAUGUACGACCACUACUAGGAUAUUGCUCACCAGUAUCACCAGUCCGCACUACAAUCAUUUCAUACCUUCACGUUUUUUGUCAACUCGUGGUCAUCAAUGCCGAUUGCAGGAUUUCAAUGCUAACGACGAUACAACAAAAUAUUUCUACUGUAACAGGAUUGUCCGGAUAUGAACGAGUUAUUACGUAUUUAUCUUCAAUAUUGUUAUGUUGGGGUCUCGUGGCCGAGUGGUUAGCGUGUCCGUCUCCGUCUACCACUCUCACGACCCGGGUUCGAAUUCUGCAGUUUCUACAGAUUCAUCCGAGUAGUCGACCCUCGGUCUACCCAGCCGUCCAUCCUUUCGAGGCUGGUAAAUGGGUAGACGACGUAAGUUGUCGCAUUUUGGCCGGCGAGAUGGCUCAGUGGUUCGAAUGCUCGCUGAGUCAAACAUCUCAAUGGCUAUCAUAUACUCAGAGUAUAUGA